AGAGGGGCGGCGCGGGCGCCAUUUUGUUUCGAGCAGCGGCGGUGGCGGCGGCGGUGGCGGUGGCGGAGGGGCCGGAGCGCGAUUUUUUUAGAGCCGGCGGCGACCCCCCUCCCCCUCCCGGCGGCCAUGGCGAGCAACGUGACCAACAAGACGGACCCGCGGUCGCUCAACUCGCGCGUUUUCAUCGGGAACCUCAACACUUUGGUGGUGAAGAAGGGCGACGUUGAGGCCAUUUUCGCCAAAUACGGCAAAAUCGUCGGCUGCUCCGUCCACAAAGGCUUCGCCUUCGUCCAAUACGUGGCCGAGCGCAACGCCCGCGCCGCCGUCGCCGGCGAGGACGGCCGCAUGAUCGCCGGCCAGGUCCUGGACAUCAACCUGGCGGCGGAGCCGAAGGUGAACCGGGGGAAGGCGGGGGUGAAGCGCUCGGCGGCCGAGAUGUACGGGUCAGUACCCGCCCCACCUUCUCCGUCCCCCCUCGUCAGAUCCUCCUUCGACCUCGAUUAUGACUUUCAGAGGGAUUAUUACGACAGGAUGUAUUCGUACCCGGCGCGAGUGCCGCCGCCGCCGCCGCUGCCGCGUCCCGUGGCGCCGUCCAAGAGGCAGCGGCUGUCGGGGACCACCUCGCGGCGCGCCAAGAGCGGCUUCAACUCCAAGAGCGGCCAGAGGGGCUCCUCCUCCAAAUCCGGGCGGCUGAAGGGGGAGGACCUGCAGAGCAUCAAGAAGGAGCUGGGCCAGAUCAAAGCCAAGGUGGACGCCCUCCUGGAGAGCCUCGAGCGGCUCGAGCGCGACCAGAAGCAGAAGAGCGAAAAAGCGUCGGAGGAGGGGAGCGGCGCCGUGGGGCAGAAGGAGGAGGGCAACGCCGGAGCCAAAGGGGGCGAAGAAUCGGGAGAAGAGGGGGAUCUCCUGGAAGAGGAGGAGGCGGAGAGGGGCGACGAUCAGGCCGAGUCCCCCAAAGGCGAAGAGAAGGAGCCCGAAGAGGGCGAAGAGGAGAGGGACAGCGCCAACGGCGAAGACGAGCCCUGAGAACCACCGGAAGUGCCCCCCUUUGGCCCCGCCCACACACACGCCACGCCCUUUUCCGGUCCCUCCAAACCCCGCCCCCUUCGGUCAUUAAACCCUCCCACUCCCCCCUUCCCCCCAUAUCCCCCAAACCCCCCACGUUUGUGCCCCACGGAUUCGCCCU